AUGGCCGACAACGCAGAGGAGCCAACGCAGAAUGCGCUGGCCUCAACCUUUCCCAACCCGCCUCCGUUUUGGAGGCAGUUCACCCCCGAGAAUGUAUCUCGCAUUGGCGAAUUUCGCAAAGCCGAGGCCGAGAAGAAUGGUGUCGCGGUUAAGGAUCUGCCCGUCCGUCUUCUAGACAUCCCGGAAGACCUCAUGAACCUCCAACCACCAGCCGAACCGUCAACAGGCACCUGGAAGGUCCUUGGAGGAAACUAUACUCUCGACGACAAGCUUCCUUCGUUGGAGGAGGGCGAGAUCCAGCGGUUGGCACCGGUGCAUUCGGAGGAAAAAGAUGGCAAACCCGUCGACCGUGCAUUCGAGCUCAAGAAGAUGGCCAAGUCUCUUCUCCUUAACUUCUUGGAGCUCGUUAGCGUCAUGGCGACGAUGCCAGACGACGGCGCCGACAAAAUCCAAGACCUGCGCACUCUCCUUAUCAACUUCCACCAUCUUCUCAACGAAUACCGACCCCACCAAGCCCGCGAAUCGGCCAUUGCGCUGAUGCAAUCGAACCUCGACCGCACAAGGGCGGAAACGGCAGCCAUCAGGGCCCAGGUGGAUAAAGCGAAGCGCGUUCUCGAGGGCCUUGGUAGCAUCGAAACUCCCAAAGUCCCAGGAAAAGCCAGCAUGUCGGUCGAUGGCGAGCUGACCGCCAAGGAGAUUGAGGCCUUUGGCAAUGCAAGAGAGCAGGAGGUGUGGGCGGAAGCAGAUGCAUUGUUUCUCUAG